AUGCGGAAGCAGUCUGUCCCGUCGAAACAGAUUUCGGGAGUCGGCGCGAAGGGGCCUGACCUGUGGGCAAACAGGGAAUGCGGGCCCGUAGUCCCAGAUAUAGGGAACGAUUGGUUAGAGAAGGGAGUCAUCGCUGGAUUCCGGGUGUGGCAACUGAUCUUCAUGAGCGGGGCGGGCGCAACUGUGAUAAUUGUAGUCAUGUGCUGCUUCAUGAAGUGCCGAGUUCCACGAACCAAACAGGAAAUCGAAGCAGAUUGCCUGCGCCGGGAUCUCACAGCCCAGUUUCGGAAGCAACUGAACAAGCUCCCCACAGAGGAUCUUUCCUUCCUGAAAUCAUUGGAGAAAGUCCGGGAAACAUUUGAACUCGAAGAAGAAAGACGAAAACGAGGUUCUUGGGAUUCACUGUUGGAAGACGGCCAGGACAUGACGGCGAAACGAAAAUUACGGAAAUUACUCCGACUCUUCCGAUUCAAAAAGAAAAAAAAGAGGAGGAUGCUGAGGGAGGGAACACCGAUGAGGUCAAGUCCGGGAACCGAUACAAUCAAUAUCAUCGUGAAUCUAGAGAAUCAAGCGAUUCUAGAGGGUGCCAUUCCCCCCAGAUAUUAG